AUUGCUGCCUAUAGUCUUUCUUUAGAAUCGGUUUGGCCUAUACUUUAGGAAAAUGCCAGAGAGCGAUGUAAAGGUGAUAGGUCUGUGGCCAAGCCCAUUUGUGAUGAGGGCUAGGAUUGCCCUCAAUCUCAAAUCAGUGGACUAUGAGUUUCUGGAAGAGAAGUUUGGAACCAAGAGUGAACUCCUCCUCAAAUCCAACCCGAUCCACAAAAAGAUCCCGGUUCUUAUCCAUGAAAACCGGCCCAUCUGCGAGUCUCUGGUCAUUGUUCAAUACAUUGAUGAGGUCUGGACUUCCGGCCCAUCCAUCCUUCCUGUCAACCCUUAUGAUCGCGCCAUUGCACGUUUUUGGGCAGCCUACUUGGAUGAUAAGUGGUACCCAUUGUUGUCUGGGCUUGGGAAAGGACUGGACAAGGAGGCGGAAGCAGCAAUAGUUGAUCAAGUGGUCCAAGGUUUGCUGCCGUUAGAGGAGGCUUUUGAGAGCUGUAGCAAGGGGAAGAGCUUCUUCGGUGGGGACCACAUCGGCUACCUUGACAUUGCAUUAGGAUGUUUCUUAGGAUGGGUUGCUGCCAAGGAGAAAAUGUGUGGCUUGAAAAUGCUUGAUAGAGAAAAGACACCUCUGUUGGCAGCAUGGGCAGAGCGCUUCAGAUCAAAUGCCGCAGUCAAGGGUUUGAUACCGGAGCCGGACAGGAUGAUUGAGUUUGCCAAGAUGGUUGUCGCCAAGAUGAAGGCCGCCGCUGCAGCCGCCGCCGCAGCUCCACCUAGCUAAUGUGCUAAGGCCUCAUUUUGGUUUGAUCUAGUUCCCAAAUAGCCACUAGAAAUAAGGUUUUGAGAGUUUUGGGGCAAUGUGGAUGAAUGUGGAUGGAUGGGUUUCUACUAAAUGCUAAUGUGACCUUAGAAAGAUUGGAUCAAAUUAUGCACGUGGUUUGCAACUAA